AUGUGGCUCUAUGAGAAUAUGCAAACACAAGAAAGUCAAGCCAUGUUGAAGCAGCUCUUACAAGGUCAAGCUGAUGGUGCUAUGGACACAAGCAAGAAGUUGGCUGAGAUGAACUCUAAGAUUGAGUCCUUGAACACUAGAGUUCACUCUUUGGAAAACCAUGCUUCUUCUUCUGCUGCUAAGCAAGGUCACUUGCCUGGAAAGGAUGUCCAGAAUCCAAAGGAGCAUUGUAAAGUGAUCUUCACUCAAGUGGAAGGAUUUGAUCAACAAGCUGCUAAUGAGAAGGAUAUUGAGGAGAUCUGUAUGUUGCUUAAUAAUGAAGAAAAUGUUGUUGCUGAUGCUCCUGGAGUCCAGUACGUUCAACCUGAAGUGCAAGCUCCUCAGAUAGCUAUCCACGCUUCACCAGUUGAGCUCACACAACAAGCUCAUCGAGCCGAGACCGUCUCACCAGCUCGAUCGAGUCAGAUGCUCUAUACUCCAACACCAUCUGAUGAUGACACCUACAAGCCCCCUGUUCCAUUUCCAAGUAGAAUCCUUACCAAGAAUCAGAAGAAAGUCAUCACCAAGUUUAGGAAUGACAUGACUCAGCUUGUGGAACCCUCUUCUUCCCAGAGUGAUCUCUUAUCCACACCAACCUCACUACCCAAGCUGAAUGGUCAGGGAAGCUUCACUCUGCCUUGUACACUUGGUCACCUACAACUUGAGGAUGCACUUGUUGAUUCUGGAGCAAGUAUCAAUCUGAUCUCUCUUGUUCUAAUACAGAGGUUGGGUAUACAGAGUCUGAUCCAGCGACCUAAGUCUUCUAUCAUGUUUGGAGAUGCUUCUUCUAAAGCCCCACUUGGUAUUGGACACCUUUCCUCACCACUGUUGGUGCCUCCAUUGAUUCCACACAAAGAAAGUCAUCUUCACAAUGUCAACAACAAAGUCUCUUACCCUCUCAAGGCAUCAAGCUCUAAAUAUUGUGGAACCAUUGCCACUAAGUCGCUGAGCAUCAAGAGUGAUGAGUCUGCUGAGUUUGCUGAGGUUGAAACGAUGGAGAUUAUGACUGUGAGCUGCACAGAGCCAGUUAUUUGUGAACCUUGUGUUCUGGAUGAGAUGGGUCUUGCAGUUUUGUUUAGUGAGCAGCUAGGAAGUGCUCAAAAAGAUGGGGAGGGUAUGGCUUUGAAGGCGUCUCAUGGACAUAAAAGAAAGAUGAUCACGCCUCAGACUCUCUCAAGCGCUCCAUCCCAGCUUACCCUGACUCUGUUGCCAUCCAAGUUCACAAAUGGGAAGAUUGAGUACAAGAUCAAGUGCAAGAGAAAGUCUAAACCCUUUUCCAGUAUCAAUGCCUUGGUCAGUCCUGAGCUGCAAAAAGAUCAAACCAAGCUCAAGGAGCUCCUAUCUUCAGUCCUUACUGUCACAUUUGAUGGCGGGACCGCUCUCAUUCAUGCCUAA